UGUUCCCUUGCUCACUGCGGAAGUUCCUCUUCUUACCCUGCACCUAGAGCCUGGCCGGAGAGGACAAGGGCAGAAGGCACUAUGAGUGGGGGCCCUGUAGGAGGAAGGCCUGGGGGCCGAGGAGGACGGCUCUUUGAGAUGCUUGGACGAAAAUGCUGGACGCUGGCCACUGCAGUUGUUCAGCUGUACCUGGCAUUACCCCCUGGAGCUGAGCACUGGACCAAGGAGCAUUGUGGGGCUGUGUGCUUCGUGAAGGAUAACCCCCAGAAGUCCUACUUCAUCCGCCUUUAUGGCCUUCAGGCUGGCCGGUUGCUAUGGGAACAGGAACUAUACUCACAUCUGGUCUACUCCACUCCCACGCCUUUCUUCCACACUUUUGCUGGAGAUGACUGCCAAGCGGGGCUGAACUUUGCAGAUGAGGGAGAGGCCCAGGCGUUCCGGGCCCUGGUGCAGGAGAAGAUCCAAAAAAGGAAUCAGAGGCAAAGUGGAGACAGACGCCAGCUACCCCCACCACCAGCACCUGCCAAUGAAGAGAGAAGAGGGGGGCUCCCACCCUUGCCCCCACAUCCAGGUGGAGACCAAGGGGGCCCACCAACUGGCCCACUGUCACUGGGGCUGGUGACAGUGGACAUCCAGAACCCUGACAUCACGAGCUCACGAUAUCGUGGGCUCCCAGCACCUGUCGCUGGCUCAGCUGAUAAAAAACGCUCAGGGAAGAAGAAGAUCAGUAAGGCAGAUAUUGGUGCACCCAGUGGAUUCAAACACGUCAGCCAUGUGGGGUGGGACCCUCAGAAUGGAUUUGACGUGAACAACCUAGACCCGGACCUGCGGAGCCUGUUCUCCAGGGCAGGGAUCAGUGAGGCCCAACUCACUGAUGCAGAGACCUCCAAACUUAUCUACGAUUUCAUUGAGGACCAGGGCGGGCUGGAGGCUGUGCGGCAGGAGAUGAGGCGCCAGGAGCCGCUUCCACCACCCCCACCACCAUCCCGAGCAGGGAACCAGCCCCCUCGGCCCCCUAUUGUGGGGGGUAACAAGGGUCGUUCUGGCCCACUGCCCCCUGUACCUUUGGGGGGUGCCCCACCUCCACCAACCCCCCGGGGGCCCCCACCCCCAGGCCGAGGGGGCCCUCCACCACCACCCCCUCCAACCACUGGACGUUCAGGUCCACCACCCCCUCCACCUCCUGUUGCUGGGGGGCCACCCUUGCCACCGCCACCACCACCUCCACCACCUCCACCCAGUUCUAUGGAUGGGCCAGUCCCUCCCCCACCCCCUCCUGCUCCAGUGACUGGGGGGGGCCUGGCCCCUGGUGGGGGUCGGGGGGCACUUUUGGAUCAAAUCCGGCAGGGAAUUCAGCUGAACAAGACCCCUGGAGCUUCAGAGAGCUCAGCGCUGCAGCCACCACCUCAGAGCUCCGAAGGACUGGUGGGGGCCCUGAUGCAUGUGAUGCAGAAGAGGAGCAAAGCCAUCCACUCGUCAGACGAAGGGGAGGACCAGGCCGGAGAUGACGAUGAGGAUGAUGAAUGGGAUGACUGAUUCACUGCCCUGAGCUCCUCUCCCAGGCGGGUGACCCCACUGCACCUGCUCUGCCCCUCUCCAUACCCUCCACCCACUCCAUCCCACUGCCCACAGUACCAGGUCCUCCACUGUCAAAUUCUGGGCCCCCACACCCCAUUUCUUCCCUACCAGCCCCUCCAAAGCUGUUAUCUUGGAAUGGUCCCACAGUCACCUUAGCAAUACCCAGAACCAUUUUUAUACAAAUUUUCUGAGUUCUUGCCAUUCCAGAAUUUUUAAGCAAAAUAAAAUAAUUGUCUUUUUGUCUC